GCAGCUGGAAGGAAGCAGUUCGCACAGAAGGCAGCCACAGUGAGAAUCUAUUAUCUGAAAAAUGAAAAUGUCUGCUCAAAAUAAAGUAAUUGGAAUAUUCUCAAGGGAAAGUGAAGAAAGCUAUAAAUGGUUAAUUCCCUACCUUGCAUCGCUCCAUGGAGUGAAAGAUGUCCGUCCUGUUUACAUCCCAGUUAACGACUCCCGAGUUGUCUCCAGAGAGGUCUCUAAGUGCUCGUUUGCUAUUCUGUAUCAUACAAAGAACCGAGGGAGAAUAAACAUCACCGAUGUAACCGACUCUAUCUAUGACAGAGAAUUGGAGACUUUAUCUGCUCGUCUCGGAAAGAAUAAUGUGAUUGUCGUGAUUGAUGAUCUGGAUGAUGUUAGUGAAACGCAUAAGAUUAAGAUCCUACGGAACCAACCGAAAAUUGCCAACCUGGCCAGGGAGCUGUUCCUCUUUAACGAUGACAAAUCCAACAAUCUGGAGAUGAUUAAGAAUAUAAUACAAGAAUAUGCUUUACCGAAAUACUUCAUAUGGAUGAUAUUCGCCAUCAUUGUUAUUGUGCUUGUGAUAAUCGUAGCCUGUCUCUUGAGGAGCCAAGACCAUUCACCUACGGACACGACUACAACUGUGCCCAUGAACAUGUCCACCACGAUGACCACGGACAUCACCACAACUCUGCCAAUGAACAUGUCCACCACGAUGACCACGGACAUCACCACAACUCUGCCAAUGAACAUGUCCACCACGAUGACCACGGACAUCACCACAACUCUGCCCAUGAAUAUUUCUAUGAACGUGACCACCACCGUGACCAUGAAUAUGACCACAAAUAUAACCAUCAACAUGACCUUGGCUGAUAUGCCAAUGAACGUGACGACGAAGACACCCAUAGACACGACCACAGAAAGGAGCAGCAUGUUUCACCCGAGGAGCUCUAGCUCUACACCAAUUUUUACUCCCAGUGCAACUGCGCCAAACAGCAGCUUGGUUCCAUGAAUGAAUCAGGAGGAGACAGGACUCAGUUUCCCAGAUUGCUUUGAUGUACUCAGCUCUUUUGAUGUACUCAAACUCUCACUGCCUACAUCAUAUUCACGUUUAUUAAGUAAACACAAUACAUUUCAAAAGUUUGCUUUCAAAAAUAUUUAUCUAUGAAAAAUGUUACAAUAGGAAAGUAUCUCCGCUUCAGUAUUUACAAUUUUGUUUUAUGUUUUUAUUAAUAUUUCACAUUUAUGAUUAAUAAUCAUAUUUUAACAAAACAAAUAAUAAAUAUUUGAUUACAUCAU